AACAUAAGAAGUGGAGCUACCCUCUUUCCCCAAGGAGACAAUUCCACUGGUCCAAUUCGUACAAAAAUAAUCUUUGAUACUGGGAUUUACGGUUGCGAGUCGGAAAACCAUACUGGGGAACAGAAAGAAGGAGUCGUGUCCGCAAUUCGAGAGACCAGACUGAAUCAAUUAUGCGAGACGGUGGAUGUUAUGGGUCGCAAAAUGAGACGUGAAACAGUGUGGAGUCGUGUCGCGCGAGGAAGGAGAGGAAUGUUUCCGUCCAGAGGGCUAUUUACGAUUCAAAGGACGAGGACCUGUCACGGCGAUUCUCGAUAAGAAGGCAAGAUCGAUUCGCAUCGUGAUCGGUAUUAUCGCGGAAGGACGAGCGAGAGAUACGGGAUUAUCUCCGACGAGUCGAGCUGGGGCGCAAUUAUCUCUGAGAGUUAACGACUGCGGCUUGCUUCGUUCCGGGGGUGAAGGAGAAGAAUGACGAUGCGCGGCAAUGGUCCACUCGUGAUCUUGCGAUCGCUGAUGGUCGCCGCCGCCGCUACGACGGUACCAGGGACUUGGAUAAACCUGGGUCUGCGACACUUGCCGCAACUGGAACCGGCGCAGACGAUGGAGCCGUUUGACGCGAGUGCCUCCACGAUCUGCGUUGGUCUAAAGGGCCUGUCUCAGGGCCAGGGGAAGCUCUGCCAGCUGUCCGUGGACCACAUGUUCAGUGUAGCCAAGGGAGCGAAGUACGGUGUUAUGGAGUGCCAGCAUCAGUUCAAGGACAGAAGAUGGAACUGCUCCACCGUCCACGAUGAGACCGUGUUCGGUCCGAUACUUAGAAUAGCGAGCAGGGAAACCGCGUUCGUUCACGCGAUCACCGCCGCUGGAGUGGUCUACUCCAUCAGCCGUUCCUGCCGGGAUGGCCACCUGUCGUCGUGCGGCUGUUCCAGGAGUAGCAGGCCCAAGGAUCUAAAACGCGAUUGGAUCUGGGGCGGAUGCGGGGAUAAUCUCGAAUACGGCUACAAAUUCACGCAGGCAUUCGUUGAUGUGCGGGAGCGAGAGCGUAGUUUCAAAAAAGGCAGCCGGGAGCAGGGCAGGAGUCUGAUGAAUCUGCACAACAACGAGGCCGGUCGCAGGGCCGUCGUCAAAAGGUCCAAGGUGACGUGCAAAUGUCACGGCGUUUCCGGAAGCUGUAGCCUGAUCACCUGCUGGCAGCAGCUCGCAUCAUUUCGCGAGAUCGGUGAUUUUCUCUUGGACAAAUACGACGGUGCGACCGAAGUCAAAGUCAAUCGGCGCGGUCGUUUGUCGAUACGCGAUCCUAGGUUCUCCGUGCCUACUGCGAAUGACUUGGUCUACCUGGACGACUCGCCGAACUACUGCCUUCCGAAUGAUACCCUGGGAUCACUAGGUACGCAGGGUAGAUUAUGCAAUAGGACUUCGUCCGGCAUGGACGGUUGCAAUCUUCUUUGCUGCGGCAGAGGAUACAACACGCAGAAGUCGACCAUCAGGGAAAGAUGCGAAUGCAAGUUUCACUGGUGUUGCUUCGUCGAGUGCAAGACCUGCGUAAAGAAUAUCGAUAUACACACUUGCAAAUAGCACACUACUAUUUAUUUCUUUCUUUUCCGUAAAUCUUUUUCGGACUUGUCCUCGCAUUGUCGAAGAUAUAUACACUUGACAGUACAACGUAUUCUGGUAAC